AAGAUUGAUCUCGCGUCAUGCACUGCAAUUACUGCACCUCUCCCUGCAGCAGCACACUUGAACCAUGCCACAUUCCGGCUUCCGCGCUGCGCUCUACGACUGCAUUUACCCCUCCCGCUGACGUCCUCUAAUUGUUACCACUAUUUCCUUGCUGUCAUCCUUUGUUUUUUUUUUUUUUUUUCGCCUUGAUUCGACAGAUACAACGGCCCUUAAAUGUUUCGAUGCAUUCAUCCCCAGUACCCUGCCGAGAUGCUUGAUAUACUGGCAGAGUCGACAAUGUCAGGAUAAGUCUGCCGUCAAUGAGGACUCAGAUGCUCGAUCACAUUAUAUACCCCUUUCUGUUGGACGGUCGGAGUCGGUUCUAUGUUCUAUCAGUUAUGCCCAAUUAUUUUUCCGGUAUUCCUGGCCCCUUGUUUGUUUUCUUUCUUGGUUUAUGUCUUGCCGUUGAGAUGAUUACAUUUGCGCUGGAUUCAUCCCUGCGAGUGGUUGGUGGUUUCUUAGAUAAAAUGGUCGACGCAGCGCAACGCAAAAGAGCUGGGUCAACCUGUGUCGAUGCUACUGUUUGUAGGAAGAUGGACGGUCUUUUUGUGUCAGAAGGGUGGUCAGGCCGGAACAUAAUUAUGAAUCGUUUUUCCUUAUCUAGAAAGUCAAACAUUUCCACUGGCACCGUACCUGGAUGGCAUAAUGGGGCUAUCAUACUAUUAACUAACGAACAUCAAUUGGUCAACGUAAUCUUCAUAAUGGUCAUGCUCAGUAGUGAUUGUUCAUAGUAGCAACUUGGCAUGUUUAUGUAUCUAGGGCGUUGAAACAGCUACUA